UACAGAUCUUGGUUUCUAUGCAUUGCCUGCCAAAGAAGAACUGAGCCCAAUGUUUCCACACAAUUCUAGUUCACAUGAGAUUUCUACAGAAACAAAUGCCUUCGUACAAAAUUCCAUGGGGGAUGUAGUAGUAUUAGAGGAAAGCAGUCUGGAUGGGGUGGGGGAAGGGGAAGGAUCAGAGCACAUUAGGUACUGUGAUAUCGAAUCGAUAGCAAACAGCAGCAUGAUGGCAGCACCUAUUAGCCAUCCCGAAGCUACCGCCGCCAAUGACUUUUCAACCGUCCUGCUGAACCAAGCUGGUGAGUUCAACUCAACCGGCAUAGGUAAGGCCUGCCAGUCAGUGGCGCCAGCAACCACAAAAUACCCAACAAAUCACCCUCAAAUCUGCGAUAAUAAUAAUAAAAUAAAUAAUCACAACAAUGCAGAACAUAAUCAUCACAAGUACAGAAAGCAAAACACACCGGGCUUGCUUGGUCUGCAGCUGGGCAGCUCCGCCAAUAACUCUAAGUCUACUUGUAAGACAUUAAGUGAUAAUAAGACUAGCUUUAGUACUGUAUACAUUAGGGUACAUAUAAGGGUAAGUGUAAAUUUUGAAAGGGACGAAGUGUGUUACACCGUUGGGGUACCUAGCCUAGUUAGGAUACCCAAGUCUGAUAGUCCCCAACGGUUGUUACGCCUCCCUAACUCUGAUGACAAUUACUCCUUACUAGGGUCCUGCCUUGACCUAGGCGACAACAAUAAAUUUAAGGCUAAUUUUAGUUAUGUAAGUAAUAACAACUCCAAGUCUGUGAUAUUGCUCAGCUCAACCAGUUACAGUAACCAUUACCUCCUCUUUAGUGGUGGCUUUGACAAGAUAGCUGCUGUUAUCCCGGUACUUUGUAUUAAAAGGGACGAUUCUACCACCACAUCGAAUAGAAUGAAACUACUAGGUGAUAAGUACGCCCUAGUUACCAGUUUUGCUCAGAUCUCUAGACUGCUUGCAAACGAUAGAAUUCUGGAUGAUUCUAACUCUGACAUCCGAGUUUCGCUGAGCUGCCGAAUAGCACGACACCUCUUGAAAUCGCAUUUGAAUGUCAACUCUCUAUUAUCGGUGUCGGUUUGCGCUCAGAAUUUCGCGAUGUACACCGCAAGUUCUUCCAUUACGCUUAUCGUUUCCAGAAACGAAGUAAUUGACCACACUUUGCGAUCUUUCCUGAAAAAUCUCACACAACUAUAUGUACAAUCUUCUAUUUCUCCAUUAUGUAAUGUCACUGUGACCGAGCUGAUGCAACACAUAUGUGUUCCACUAUUAAUAAUAUGUAAAAGUAAUGAUUACAACGUUGGUAAUAAUUAUAAUGAAUAUUAUAAUAACGAGUACAGUAACGUUGGUAGUAUUGAAGAAGAAAUUAAUAUUAGUAAUAAUAAUCCAGAUGUUAUCGGAGACAUUGUUGACAUCGCUGUGUGCUACAAGACUAGUGUAAUGACUACUAAUGUUAGGAUCUUAGGGUCUCAAAAUGAUGGUAUUAGUUGUACCGAAGCAACAAUAUAUACUGUUGGUGCUCUUUUAUUUCAGGAUAACAAUAAGCCUCUAAACACUUGUUUUAAGAUUAGUAGACAUAGGGGAUUGGUCACUACCGAUCGCGAAUCUAACUCUACCAUUAAGUCUGUAUUUAGGUCUAAGUUCAGCGAUAAGUGUAGUAAUGUUAAAUUUGAAACAUCUCAUGCCGCUCGACUUGACGAAUCUGACAACAGUAAGCAAGUUAAGUUGACUGUCAACAUUCCUAUAAUGACUACCUGCAAGCCUACGAUGACGCUUACAUGCCAAUCAGCCACCGUCGCAUCCCAAACAAUUGUUGUACCUGUAUCUCGGGCGGAGAGUCGCACGAACGACAAUGAAAUGCGAUUGGAAUAUUUCAAUAUACUCCAAAAUGACCAAAUAUGUAUCCAAUAUAUGUUGCUAAGUCAUACAGAUGAUCUUAAUAAGAAUGACUUGUGUCGUUGUGACGCAACUAAAUUUAAAGACGCGCAAAUUUAUGCUAUUGACAAGCUCAAGGCUACUACAACAUCGAAAGAUGACGCUCAGUUGAUCUGCAAAUAUCACCGAGAUACUCUCAAAUACGACCAAAGUCGUAAGAACGAUGACGAUAAUGCCAUCAUAUGCAACGGCAACGAAGAUUUCUCUCUAUCGACUACGAUAUGUCACCUCCUAAAGCAUUAUGUGCGUGCAUUAGUUUCUGCUUGUCGAAGAACAUACGAGACGAACAUGAACGAAUACGAAGUUAAUCGGCGUCGACUACGAUCUGUCUUGGACGUCCUAUCUCGCAAAUGUAUAUCGAAGUUGUAUGAAAACUACAACGAGCCUAUUGCAAGUUACAAGCAACGUUGGGGCAUACCAAUGGGACUGCGGUUGGUAGGAGGUGGAGAGAGUUCCUUGAACAGCGGAGGAGCUACCAAUUGGGGAACAACGCAAGCCACUACGCCAAAUAAUAAUAAUACAAAUCAGAGUGGAUGGGGCGGUACACCCGGAAACCCACCCGGUAGUGCUAAUGCACCGAAUAAUUGGGGCGGAAAUACUGUCAAUCGAUCUGUCACUGGUAAUCCAAAUCAAAAUCAAAAUCAAGGACCACCUGGAAACCAAAAUAAUCCGGGUAAUGUGAGUAAAGUUAAUAAUCCCAAUCAACAAUCGAAUCAACAAUCUGGUCCGCCAACAUCUCAAUCAAAUAACCCUACCCAAGGGAAUCAGAAUAAUAACCAAUGGUCUCAGGGAAAGUCUAAUAACCCAAGUGGUCUUGGGCAAAAUCCAUCAGUGCAAAAUAAUAACAGUAGUGGCGUUCAACAACAGCAAUCUUCAGGUUCAAGCGCAAACAACAAUCAGUCCAAUAAUCCUACCCAAGGAGCUGUAAGCAUUGGCAACACAUCAACGACUAAUAAUCCGUCUACGAAGCAGCAACUCGAACAACUCAAUACAAUGCGGGAAGCACUCUUUAGUCAUGACGGUUGGGGUUGUCAAAAUGUGAAUCAAGAUACAAAUUGGGACGUUCCGACAUCACCCGAGCCUAGCAUAACUAAAGACGGUGUUCCGAUAUGGAAACCACCAGUGAACAACGGCACUGAUUUGUGGGAGGCGAAUCUGCGUAACGGUGGACAGCCGCCGCCUCAACAGCAAACAAAAACACCGUGGGGCCAUACUCCUGCGACCAACAUCGGCGGCACUUGGGGUGAAGACGACGAAACGGCAGAUUCAUCCAACAUGUGGACCGGUGCACCAACACAAUCACAGCCGAGCGCAGCUCAGUGGACCGGUGCCGCCGGUAACCAAGCCGGUAUGUGGGGAGGAUCUAAUUGGGGCGAUCCUAGAAUAGACCAUAGAGAUCCAAGAGACCUGCGAUCUGUGGAUCCACGAGAAAUGCGUGAUCCUCGAGAUCACCGUAUGUCCUUGGAUCCCAGAGAUCAUAUGCGUGUGAUGGAUCCUAUGGCGCGCGAUCCACGAAUGGCUGAUAUGCGUGGUGAUCCACGUGGAAUAUCAGGGCGAUUGCAUGGCGCAAACGCCGACGCCAUGUGGACUCAGCCACCUGGCCCGCCUCAUCAUCAGAUGGGUCAUCAACAUCCAUCUGGGCCGCCAGCCAAGAUGCUUAAUCCGUCGAACAUGAAUCAAUGGGCUGCACAACCACCGAAGGACAUCAUGCCCGGCAAACCGUCCGGCUGGGAGGAACCUUCGCCGCCGACGCAACGGCGUAACGUGCCCAAUUAUGACGACGGAACAAGCCUCUGGGGAAAUCCGGCUGCUAAUCAACGUGCUAUGCCAGGUAGCAAGGUUUCACAUUGGAAGGAUAUACCUGCACCAAACUUGGCUCGUGGAGGCAUGCAAUGUCCACCAGGCAUGCCUCAGAAUAGAAUGCCAGGUCAACCUGGAAUGAAACCAGAUGUAAGUAAUCCCAUGUGGGGCCAUCCUGGGGCUCCAGGCGGACGCAAUGGAACAUGGACAGACGGUCCGCACGAUACUGCAUCUUGGGAUGAUCCUAAGACACCGGCUACUUGGAACGAGCCUCCACUAAAUCCUGGUUGGGGUGGUCCAACUGCGCACAAGCCAAAGCCUAUGGGACCUGCCGGUAGCUGGACUGAUUCUGAUAUGGAUCCGACUCCUAGCUGGGCACAUCCUGCAAAACCUACUUUAACAAAAGAAGUUAUUUGGAACAGUCGCGAGUUUCGUUAUCUCUGCGAUUUAGGAUUUAAGAAAGAGGAUGUCGAAGUAGCAUUGAGGAAUCGAGAAAUGAAUCGAGAAGAGGCAUUGGAACUUCUCAAUCAAAUACGUCCUGUCGAUCAGUGGAGACGUCACGAGACACACUCAGGUUACGAUCCGACGCAUCAAGCAACUACCACACCAGCCUAUCCUCGAUUCAAUCACGUCGGACAGCAGAUGUCAUUCCCUCCGGGUGGCGGAGUGCCCAGUGGGGCAACCAGUGGGGGAGUGGGUGGGUCUGUCACCAGUGCUAGUCUUCUCAAGCUUCAGCAACAGCAACAGCAGCAGACAGCUGUUCCGUUACAGCAACAACAACCAAGUACCAAUACGCCACAACCCCCUUUCAACCAGGCAUCUCGCGCAUCACAAAAUCAACCAAGUACACAGCAAUUGCGGAUGCUUGUGCAACAAAUUCAACUAGCUGUACACGAAGGAUAUUUGAACCACCAGAUCUUGAAUCAACCUUUAGCGCCUCAAACUCUGAUGCUAUUGAAUCAGUUGCUACAGCAAAUCAAAGUCCUUCAGCAAUUACAUCAACAACAUGCUGUUCAAAAUACAAUGAAGGGAAGCAAUCAGUCAGCUCUACAGAUCAGUGUUCAGAUCACGAAGACCAAGCAGCAGAUCACGAAUUUGCAGAAUCAAAUUGCGGUACAGCAAGCAACGUAUAUGAAGCAACAGCAGCAACAUCCAGCUCCUCCAUCGCAGGCAUCGGAAUAUUACAAAUCUUCCGUGCACGAUCCCAUGUCAGCUCUGCAAAACAGUUUCAGCGAUUUAACGAUGAACAAAGAGCCUCCGGUGAGCCAGCAACAAUCAAGAUUAAAUCAAUGGAAGCUGCCAUGUCCAAUUGAUAAGGACGGCGAUUUGGUAUCGAACGAAUUUUCCCGUGCUCCCGGAACUACGAGUAAACCGCCCGCAACUCCUGGCGGCUUGACUCAGUCACAUAGUAGUCCGAAUAUGAAUCCCUUGCUAAGUCAAGGAGAUGGCACAUGGUCUUCUCGACUCGGCGACAGCGGCUGGCCUGAUCCGAGCAACAGCGAUUCAACCGACGGAAAAGACUGGCAACCAGGUGGUGCUGCAUAUACUGAUCUUGUUCCAGAGUUCGAGCCAGGGAAGCCAUGGAAGGGUACCCAGAUAAAAAGCAUCGAGGAUGAUCCUAGCAUCACUCCUGGCUCAGUUGUACGUUCUCCGUUAUCUCUGGCUACUAUUAAGGAUACCGACACGAUCUUUUCAUCGAGCAGCAAGACAUCACCGCCACCGCAAGCAGCUAAUCCCGAUACAUCGAUCCCGAGUUUAAGCAAUUCUACAUGGACAUUUAAUCCACCAGCAACUACACCUAGUGCGUUUACUAGCACUUCCAAAAAUACAUGGGGAGAAUCCGCUCCUCCGCCUACUGCUGUGACUUCAGAACUCUGGGGUGCACCGAUGAGCAAAGCGCGUGGUCCACCUCCUGGUUUAAGCAGUAAAGGGGCUACGAAUGCAAGCAAUGGUUGGGGUGCUGGCUUAGGAAGUGUUAGUAGAUCGUCUAGUUCGUGGGGCCUCCAAUCAUCCACCGUCAGUAAUUCGAGUUGGAUGUCUACUUGGCUUCUGUUGAAGAAUCUUACUCCACAAAUUGACGGCUCUACUUUGAAAACGUUGUGUAUGCAACACGGACCGGUUCAAGACUUCCGUCUCUACCAGAAUCAUGGAAUUGCUCUGACAAAAUAUUCCUCUCGCGACGAAGCAAUCAAGGCUCAAGGAGCCCUAAACAAUUGCGUCCUGGGUAACACAACGAUAUUCGCCGAGUCGCCUGGAGAUAACGAGGUUACUGCGAUUCUGCAGCAACUCGGCCAUGGUGGACAGCAACAGGCCGGCGGUUCUGGAGGAGCCGGAUGGGGCCUUAGAUCAACUAACAAAGCUGGCCCGCCGCCCGAUACAUGGGGAGGCAGCUCUAGUCAGCUCUGGGGCGCUCCGCCCACCAGCAAUUCCCUGUGGAGUAACGCGGGAAUUGACAACAGCGAUCAGCAACGAGCAACUCCCAGUUCUCUCACCUCGUACUUACCGGGAGAUCUUUUGGGAGGUGAGUCGAUGUAGAGAACGAGAGGCCAUCCGCCCGAAAUCUCGUCAAAUAAUUGAAAAAUUCACUUGCUUAUUACGCAAGUCCAGAUAUGCAGCUCGGCUGACGCAAACUUCGUGAUUGAAUGCAUAUUACUUCCCUUCUGAUCCCCGCCUCUCAUUCCUUUAAGAUUACAUGAUUACAUUUUGUAUAUCUUAGUAUUAUCAUGUAUUGAUCAGUGUCUUUGGCUAAAGCGGAUACGAGAUGUGUCUGCUUGUGUAAUCGUUGAUGAUAGGAGAAGCUGAGCAUGUGAGAGGAUGAGGGAAUGGGAGGGGGAGCUUAGAGAGUGAUAGACGGUGUGAAAGAGAAAGAGCGAGAAAGAGAGAGAGAGAGAGAGAAUGAGACGGACGAGGUCUUCACGAAACGUCAAUUAUAUUGCUAAGAAACGCAAUUACUAUAACGAGUUACUUAACAAAAAAAAAUUACUACCCUCGUAUCCGCCUUGAGUAGAACACGCGUAAGCAAAAAAAAUCGCAGCGGCAUACAGCCAAAUCGUGCGAUAAAUAUCUAAUUUUACAUGACAAACUACACUCUACACAUAUAACACAUUCAUAAAGAACACUCGACAAGAAAGAAAGGUACUUGCAAAUGUGAAUUUUGCGGUCGCGUCAUUACUUCGAGGAGAUUUACGGAUUGCGGAAGAUCAAGUUGGACCAAUUGCAACGGUCUCUUCAUUAACAUAUUGGUGCGUGUAUUGCGUGCGAUUUGCCACGAUGUAUAACGACGAAGUGGCGUUCUCGUCGUUCCAAGCCAAUCUCUAGUAAGCAUUUCUAAUCUGAAGGUAACGUGUAGAAGAAGGAAGAUGAAGAAAACAAAAAGAGAACUCCGCGCUCUCUGCCAUUUUACUAUGAAUGGCAGGCGCUUUUCAAUGAAGAUUUAUCGGCCGAGGGUCUCUGAUCAGGUCAAAGAGUGUUCCAUUUUUGCUGGACAGUUCUGAAGACUGCAGCGAGUAUCAAACGUAGACUGUAUCAAUCUAAUCAAAAGAAAGAAACCUUAAAAAAAAAACAAGCAUUGACGUCGCUGCCUGGUGUUCUGCCCCGACCCCGACCCCACCCCCCACUGCACUCUCCGGACCCCCCACGAAUGUGGAAGAAACGAAGAAUGCAGGGAUAUCAGAUCAACUGGGCAACGACGCAACGAUACCAAAUGUUAUCGCAAUAACGUAAAUUUUAUUCUAUAUUAAAUCUAGAUGCCACCUGUCGUGCCAAUGUCCAGUGUGUCUCUUUACCAUUUAUUAACGUAGAGUUUAAAUGAAAAAAAAGGAAGAAAUACAUGCGAAAGAAGGAACGGGGGAAAAAACGGAUGAGAUGAAGAUUCGAGGACGAGGUAAGACCGAGAAAAGUGCUGACGAAACGGCUAAUAAAGCGGUUGAAAGGUCGGGUUUACAUUAAAGUAAACGUGAAGACGAGUAAUGAGCACUGCGUACUGAUUACCGGUACGUAGCAUAUUACGCUUCUCAUUAGUGAUGUUCGAACUCGAGGAAUCACGAUGAUCCGCGUAAGAUCGCAACGCGAGUAAUGGCGAUGUUACGAAUGUAUGGCAUUUAUUACGGGCGCAUUGCGGAGCUCGGUCUAGGAUGAAUUAAAUUAGUUUUUCUCUUCAACGUCAAAGGUACCUGAAUGGACUGAUAACCAAACGACGAACAAGCGAACCGUUAUUUACUCAUGCACAACAGUUUCCUUUUUAUUUUUCGCUUCUCCGUGUCGGUGAAGGAUUUUUUUUUUUCCGGGAACGUUUCGCGAGAUCAAUCACUGGCGCAACCGCGAACGACGUGAAAGAGACGGCUUUUUUUCCUUCGUGAACUGAAAGAUGUAGAAAAAAGAGUAAGAGAGAAAGAUAUAUAUAUUAUAUUACAUAUAUAAGCAUAUAUGAAACUAGAAGGAAAAAAAGAAACAAUCAGGACGCUGUUCAGCGAGACGCGCGCAAUAAAAAUGAACAACUACAUAUACACACACGCUGAUCAUACACGUUUGCCACGCAUGACUGAACCUGCAUGCUUGCAAAUGUCAAACACGCCAAGCUAAGGAAACGUACAUAGUAGCAUUGGUCGACAAUGAUUCCGCCGCUUCCAUGCGAUCGGUCGAGCCUCGCGGAUACCGGACCACUAUAUCCUUUGGCGUAUAUCAGUAAAUCAAAAAACAUUGGGAAUUUUUAUAUUUGUUGCCUUCCAAGGGGAAAAGAAAGAAAGAGGUGAGGGAAAGAGAGAGAUCACUUCUCGUAGGAGACAUCAUCAAAAUAAAAGUCACAUAUUUCGCGCAUUAUACGACGGGGUGCAUCGGUCCAUGAUGAGGCCGCGAGAUGAGAAAUCCGCGUGGUUCCGCCGGUCACGUCGCUUCGACUCUGUCGGCCAGUGUUGUCAUGCGUAAUAUUUAAUUUUAAUAUUUUCGUAAGAUUGCAUAAUCUAAGGUAUUCAUAAUUAUUGUGUAGCGUAAAUAGGGUUCAAGUGGAAGUGGUAAAAAAUACGACGAUGCGAUUAUGACGACUAUGUGAGCUGCCCUUGCAAAAACAAUACAAGAAAAAAAAAGAAAAAAAAAAGGUGAAGUAGUGGAAGCGCUGCUUAUGAGAGUCGUUCUGUACAUAAUUAUAUCGUAUUCCUGAGAGAGUAGGCUGCCACGCAAGUCGAGAAGACGAAUUUUUAAGCGAUAACACACAGGCUAGAUAGAGUAGUAGUAUUAAGACGGUAGUAUUUAAGGAUGAUGAAAGUAAGGCAGUGUGUGAUCGCUUAAAUUUUCAGGUCGAUUCCAUCUGUUAUAACAAUCCAUGGAUAAUCCAUCCAUGGAUUUCAUUUACAGAUUCCGUCUGUUACGUCGCUUCUUUCAAGUUGGCGUAUCGAAGACGACGGGAAAUAAAUUUUUAAUCAAAUUGACAUUUUAGUUGAAAAUAAAUUUCUUACUGCCUUCAAGAUCGGAUUUAUCAAUGGAACUUACUUAAACGAAAAAAAUUGAAGGCUGUCGAAUUGAUUUACGCUUCGCGAAUUGCGUGAUCGAUUACUUCCAAGGGUACGAUAUAAAUCUCAUAAAUCUCCCAUUACUAUGUUAUAUAGUAACACAGACAUACCCCUCCCCCUGUACAUACAUAUAUGUAUGUAAUAUGUAUAUGUAUGGUAUAGCAUAACGCCUCCUUACAUUUUACUUAACAAAGUUUAGUAGUGUGCGAUAAGUAGAGUGGGAAUAUGUGGGAAAAUUGUAUUAGGUAUAAAGAUAAUUAUUAUAUGAACUUAUGCUGCACGCUUAUGCUACAUACCCUAAAUUUAUGAUUAUGAACUAUUGAUACUAAUAACUAAGUAACACUAUAGUUGUAUUUGUGGGUGAUAAGUUCUGACGCAAAUUGACAAAAUAAUUCUUUGAAUGAAAUCUUUAAAUAAUUAUUUUAAGACGUUUAAAAAGAUUAGAUUAAAAGAUAGGCAUUUUUAAACGGGGCAAGAUAUAUAAUGGCGUUCUAACAGUUCUAUAAUAGAUUUUAAGAAUGUAAACUUAAAAUAUAAGUGUUUGAAGACUUAAAUUCAUGAAUGCAGGUAUAAAAGAAGAAGAAAUGUACAAUGGAGUGAGUGAGGCAGAAUGGACGUGAGAGAUGAGAUAACAGAUGGAGCGUGUGAACGUACGAACGAUUACAGUGGACAGAAUAGAGGGAACAUAUGAACGAAAAGUAAAAGCAAAAUCCAAUUGCUUGCUUUCACAAAAAGCACGGAGCGUGGUGUGAUAGUGAAAUAAGCGAAUCAUUCGUUUGCAUUUCUCAAUACCUGCAGACAUGCGUUUUCAUUACAGUUUUCUUCUUUGCCUCGGUAAACAUUUUAAGUGCAAGGUAGCGUAAGUUAGCACACAUGCUAAUUUACGCUACGGGAAAGGCUAAUCGAGGGAUUGAAUAAUAUUUAAAGUAUAAAGGGCCGUUAAUUUUGAGAAUCAAAGGGGGGGGGGGAACUUUUCUCCGAGUUAGCCAAGAUGAAAUCGGUCAACCUAAUGCUAAUUUGUUGUGAUAACAGUGAUUUACAGCCAAGGUAUUUAUAUUUAGCUGUUUAGGGUCUCUUACGGUGUGAGUAACGGUAUGAGUAAUCGAUAUAAUCCAAUGGAUUUUAAUAUUAAUAGUACCAUAAAGUUUAAUGAAUAAAUUUCAAUCGCGUACGUAAGUAAUAACAGUAAUAAUAAUAAUAAAAAUAAUAAUAUCUCUAAUAAUAGUGAUUGAAUUAAUGAUCAAUUAGAGAUCAACCAAUCAGGAGUAACUGAUUAAGAGUCAGUGAAAAUGUAAAUGAAUUGGUGGAAAUGAAUCAUUGACUUUGAUAAUGUAGAGAUAUAUAUAAUAUAUUAUAUAUAAAGCUCCCGAAAGGUGCAAAGUGCGUACUUGUAAAUGUGCGUGCGUGAAACUUGUGCGUAUAUAUGUCAUACACAAUUGACUAAAACAUAUUCGAUCGAUCGUCGCGAUGGAAUUGUACGAGACGCGCACUAGGUGCUGCGUGCGAGAGGAUAAGGCACAUUCACAUACAUACACAUGUGUAUUUGCGCGCGUACUUUUUAUGCGAUAAUAAGGUAAUAAGGGAAUAAUAUGAAAACUAUAAUUUUUAAAUGAUAAACACUUUAACGAUACCGACGCGUGUAGCCUAUCGCUUAAUUAUAAUCUAACGCAAGUUAACUUUAAUCUUUCUAACUCGUUGCCUUUCAUUAUUCGAUACAUUUUACACAAACAUACGACAUACACAUUCACAGAUACAUAUAUAAAUAAAAUACACAAUCGCGAGAUGAUAAAUAAAUAAAUAAAUUCGAUAAAAAUGGACUGACUAGCGGACGUAAGAUAAUAACUAAAUUCGUUAAUACACACAGACACACACGAGUACAUACUUUACAAACACUUGGUACAAAACAGUUGUUUUAUUGGUGGUUAAUAGCAGCUAAAAAGAGAUAGGAAAGUGUCAGGAGGCAGGAAAAGAAAACUGUGUUAAUGGGGACGGAGAAGUAAAUUAUUCGUAUAUCAUUCUGAUAGUGUGAGAUUCACACGCGACCCUUAUUUCUAAUUUGGCUUUUAAUUUGUACAUAUGUAUAUCGAGUACAAUACCUAGCGUUUAGUUUUCAUUUAUAUAGCAUUGAUCAAUUUUUGCAGAAAUUGAAACACGAUACGAGAAAAUGAGUUGAAAAAUCGGUUUCAGAAAUGCAUUUACGUUGAUUUUUUACGCUCGAAUUUUAUGCAAUGAUAUUUUAUGACAUUACUAUUAAAGCAAAAUAUUUUUAUACAAACGAAAUAAAUAAAAAGAGGCAGACAAAUCUGUAGCUCAUAAGAGUUUGUUCUGUAUACUGGAAAUACUUCAGGAUAACGAAAAUGAUCGUGGAAUGGCAGUGCUUUUUUAAUAUAUCUGUUUUGUUCGUUACAUUGAUAUCUCUAUCGAUAGAAAAAUACUGAAAAGCGAACGUUCCAAACAAAAGAGUUUCAUUACUCGAUGCAUGUCGUAUGUGAUAAAUAAUCCUUCAACAAGUUGUGAAGCGAAACUUGUGAAACAGCGUUUCCGCGAGGAUCGCGCUAUCUCGAUAGAAAAGAAACUCGAUUUUGUCCUCCCGACAAGAUUUUAUCCUGUAAUUUCUCAAUCAUUCGUAAACAGGAAGGUUCGCAUUUAUAUCGGAGCGACAAUCGCUUCAUAUCAAUUUGCAACAAUAAUGGUACAAAUAAUCGUAUAUAACAGUAUUUUUAAUGCCUCGUUACAUCGCACGCGAUUGUGUAUAAUAUAACACAUGUGCAAUAGCUCGUCAAGACGCUUACGUAGAAUUAUAAUUAAUUAUUAAUUAGGACAUAUCGCACUGCCGUUGCACCGUCAUUCCGCUUUUUCCGCUUUCUUUUUACGCGAAUAAUAGUCUUCGCUUGUGUGUGCCUUCCCUUUUUUCUUUCGAGUGUUAUGUAACUAUAUGUAAGAUCGAUCAUUGUACUCCUACUUGACAUUUUUAUAGAGCUUAACUCGUGACGAUGUACGCUGUCGCUCUGAUGUGAUUUUUUUUUAAGUAUCGCUGCUACGAGGGAUCAAUGUCUAGAAAUCGCGCUGACGCUUAUUACGACGAGCCAGUAUUUUCUUCCACGUGACAACGGUUUCAUCGCUACGGCAAAUCGUUAGACGAGCGAUUUGUCCAUUCGAUAGAGCCGCGCGCGUGACAGUCGCGAUUUCCUACAGCCGUGAUCCCGAGAUGCAGCUAUGGUCCGUAAGAAGGAGAAAAAGAAUAUCUAUAUCUCGUGGUCCCUGCAAGCCGGUAUUGUCGUGUUAUACCAUACCACUUAGCGUGUACCGCGGUACAAUGGCAACUAGCUAUCGUACAGUAUUAGCUAUUGUACGGAAAUAUCGCAAUGUCGUACGGUCAGCUUACGUAACGAGAAAAUCUAUCGUGGACCAUAAUUGCGAUCCGGGCAGAUGCAGGCUGUAGCCAAUCGCGAUUGAUUCGUCCCCCGCCCGCGUUGAUUCUUCUUCUUAGGCACCAAGUCGUCCGAAAAUUUCCGAAGCGCAUUAGGAAUAAAAUCCUUCAAUUAGACUAUAUAUGUAGGGUGUAUUGGAUCAGUAGUUUAAGGGGUCUGCUUUGUCUCUCUGGUGUCACUUAAAAACCAGUCCUAGUCGGAUCCACGCGCGUAAUCAAAUUGGAACUUCGAGCGGACGCCAACGCCGUUUAAUCAUUACUUUUAAUUGUUUCAUAAACACGCCGCUCAUUACGAUGAAAGCAAGCUUGGUUUUAUUUUUUGAGAAAGUCGGGGGGGGGGAGUGAUCCGGCUAAUUCACUCGCAUCAAUGUAAUCGUGCUUCACUUAGGAAAAUACCGUCACGCAAUUAGUCCCGAAAAUUGAUUCUAGAUCGUAGGAAAUUGCCCCCAAAACUUGUCUACUAAUUGUACGUAUCGAUUCGGGUUCGUGCUUCUUAUAGAUAAUUACGUCGUCGCGUAAACGUUUAUGGACGAGGACUAUAUUUGCUAUAUAUAUUAUAUAUAUAUUAGAGAACUGUUGGUUGUUAUUUUAGUCAACUUGCUCUCGAGUAUCGUAUAUCAUUGUUGCAUUUCCGCACCACGCGUUUCCUAGUAAUUGAGUCACUAAUUUAGUAUCGCGUAUAUGUAUGUAUAUAUAGAGCGUCAGUGCAUUUCGUUUCCACUUGAUAUCGUAUACUUACUGGAAUUUACGCCCACGAAACAGAAUGCAACGAGAAAAGGAAGUGUCCUGUGAAGAGAAAUCGAACAGUUUCGUAUUGAACAGUGAACUGUGUUGACAGUUAACUAAUUACUGAGUUAAAUUUGCAUUAACGAGUUAUUUCGUAUGUUAUUGUCUCACGUGUAACAGACGUAGGAAAGAAAACUCGUUAAUCGGGAUUAGCAUUAAUCGGUGUUAAUUAUUUGGCAAGCAGCUUAGAAAAUAGACUUAGAAAUAAGCGACUCUCCUGGGAAUUCAGAGAUCGAUGAAAAAGAACCUUGAAAAGAUUCGAAAGAUGGUAAGCGGUAGCGUUUUUUCGCGUAUUUCAAGCAAAGUAUUCUUUUCAGUCAUUGUCUUAUAAAAUUAUCCAGGAUUCCCAGUUUUUGUCUCGGGUUGUUUUGAUUAUUGAACAACAGUAUUAUGCCUGGGACACAUUACACACAAACACAUGUACACACACACACAUUCACACAGGACUCAUGAUAUUAAUAUCGAUGAUCGGACUUUAAAUCCGGUGGUAUUAAACCCAAAAUUGUUUAAAAUGCUUGUUUAUAGUCAUAUAUAAACAAUUAUGUUCCGAAAUUUCUAGUCUCACUUGUCACAUUCGCUUGUACAGAACAAAGUCCUUCUCAUUUGUCUGGUAUUAUAUUUUUAAUAUAAAUUCUUAUAUGUAAAUCAAUGCUGUUACAUGCUUACGAUGUCAUUUCCUGUGCGACUAAAAGACACGUGGUUAAAGUACUUAUUAGAGAGAUAAAGAAAAAAAGAACCACUCCGAGAAAAUAGGGAUGCAGAAUUAGCUUAAAUAGAACGUUUGAACAUGAAACCUCGCGAAGCAGAAAAAGUUACUUUGAUGAAAUAGCGCUUAAAUAUCUUUCGAGAGAUAAAAUUACUAAAUACUGAAUAUACUUAUUUCGUGUGCGGACAACUGGAAUAAUAUUUGGAAACUGGAAAUGUUCGAGAUCGGGGUUGCGAUAUUCAUUUGAAAUAAAUUUCACGGGACGCGUAUUACAUGUGUCAAAAUUGAUAAAUUAGAUUAACAACAGGAGCAAAGUUAAAGAAAUAAAUACUAAGAGAUUAUUAAAUAAUUAUAUGUCGGUGUUACAGAAUUAUAGGUAGUUAUCAUAUGCGUCAUAAUUUUGUGAUUGGCUUAUUUUAAUACAUUAUCUGUGAAUCCCGGAAUAUUCCACAUUUUUUGAAGCAUUCUUGGAGUAUUUCGAUUAUUAAUAUAUCAGCGCACGCAAAUUAAUCAUCAGGAUUGAAAAAUCCGAAUAUUUCGUUACCCACAGAUAAUGCGUUAAUACCAGCUUGAAAUUGUAUUAAGGAUUGCAUAAAAGAAGAUUCAAAAGUUCAUAUGAAUAUUGAGCAUUCAGCAUACGGCACACCAAAAGUAGCAUACUGAAAAGCACACAUCAAUUUCUUGUUACAUUUAUAUCAUUAUUUUAAAGCAUUUUUAUUAAAUUUUACAUUUCAAGUUAUGUUGUAAAUUAUAUAUAUUCUUCGGCUUUCACACGAUAACGAACUACACAUCGUUUAAUGUGAUAUCAUUGGGUUGUAAUAAUUUUUAUUAGCUCAUUAAAUCAGGCACCGAGUAUAAUCGUGCGGAUGGAUGUAAUGUUGCGCAAUGUGUUUAUUUAAUAUUUGUAGUAGAUAUAACUGAUAUUUGUAGCAAUAUAUAUACGAAAAGAUCAAUUCUUCGCGUACAAAACAAACUUUUAUUGUGAAACAUGCGUUAUUGUAAACUAAGAUUAUAUAUGUAUAAGCAUUAUAGACUGAAUAUUCUGUGUAUAAAAAAAUGACCGGUAGAUGCAAUCCUGUAUGCUGAUGACGAGGAAGUGAAAUAAUAGCGAGUAUCUGUUGUGUAUCAGUAUAUGAUUUACAACAACAAAAAAUUUAAGUUACCCUCAUGGACUUUGUAAAAAUAAACGUUUUAGAUUAACUUUAUCGAUUUUAUUUUAUUUUUGUUUUAUCUUCGUUUAUCACGUUUUUUGCCACGUAUAUACGAGACGAGCGUAAUUCAGCUUACAAACCCUUCGCAGACGAGGGAUUGAGAGAUAUCGAAAUAGAGCGUGAAACCGUGCAAUCGGUCCGAGUAUUACGAGAGUCCGACGAUCGACGUACCGUAAAUCCGCAACGGAAGCAAGCGACACGUUCGCAGUCCACAGAAACGUACAGAUUUUUCCGAUAGCUCCGAUAUUGCUUAAGGGAUGAAAUAGUCGCUGCGGUCUCUUCUCUGAGAACGCAAUAUUGUAUAAAUCCGAAAUAUUAUUCCAGAUGUUUCGCGUGCGGAAACGAGUGUUCGCAGUACGUGUUCUAGGAGGUCGGAUAUACUGGCGAGAAGCAAAAAGGGCAAUAAAGGGUAAAACGAAGGCUUAAAUGCGUCGUACGCAAGCGUAUAAUUUAAUCGGUGAUUAUUCCAAGCACUUGUCCCCCUCCGCCGAGGGAUGACCGGCUUAGAGUGCCUCGCGUGUGAACGGGAUGUUCUUACGACCCAUGCAGAGCCUUCCACGAAACAUUACUUACUUCUCACUCGAACGCGUAUACCAUUAGCGUAAUAAUAAUGUAUUUAAAACGCGUAAAACACGGAGCGUCAACUUAAAACAAAAAAAGAAAAAAAAACAGAAAUAUAUCCGACGUUGGAUUCCUCAUCGAGCUACAAUGAUCUUCGCGAGCCACGUUUCGUCCUCGUCGCGAUCAUCGCGACGAUAUCAAAAUCCGGCGAGGAAAUCGAUCGCGACGUCGAUCGAAAAGACAAAGAAAAGAGAGCAGAACGAAGAAAAAAAAGAAAGAUCGGUAUUCGCAUACCGUAUUUGCACGUAUAUACGCACACAUCGCACGCGCGCCCAUUGUCAUAAGGUGUAAAAAACUAAUAAGGACUCCUUAGCUCUUAAGCGACGUUAAGAAUUAAAAAAAAAAGAAAGAAGAGGAAUUAACAUACCCACAUACAUACACAUACACAUACAUAUACAUCUGCAAUGUGAUAUUCUCGUGUCUUGUCCGAUAAGACAGACGUUCAUUCUAACGAGUAUAGUUGGCGUUUGUCCUUCUUUUCGCGUUAGUCCUUAAGGUAUAUCUAGAAUAUAUAUAUAUAUAUAUUUAAGGGGAACUCUACAUAUAUACGUAAGAGAUAAUCCGGGAGAGUGUGUGUACGUGUUCGGAGGUUUUGCGGAUAAAGUGAGAGAAAAGAGAAAAAUGCAAAAAACAAAAAAAAAUGAAAAGAAACCCGUGUGACAGAGAAAACGACCAAAAAUGUGCGAAAUCGAGAGAUGUACAACGUAAAUUUCGCGUUUUAGGAUAGAUAACUGUUCGGGGGGGAAACUAUCGUCACGAGAUCCAAGGGGUGCGUCUUCUAGGGACUCCAUCUCCCUUCGUUCUUCCCCUCUUCCUCCUCCCGUUUCCACUUCUUUUCAUUCUUCGGGCAAAAGUACUAUGCUCUCGCGUGGAAGGUUGUAAGAGAAUGCUCUCGCGCAUUUCCACUCAAUCUCAAUCUCUUUGUAAGGGUGUAGUGAAUUAGUAAUUAUAACGCACUUUAAGUUUAAAGAGUCUUAUUCUAUCCUACAUAUCCGUGACUCGUAAUUUCACGCUCGUCCGUGUACGCUGUAGCGUUCGCGCGUUUAGUAUACCGCCGAGUGAAGUACUGUUUAUCCUGUAUCGAGAUAUCUACGAUUGCACGUUGCGACAACGCCGCGCGCACCGCGACAGUAGCCGCGUCGCGCUGUCUUCGACCGCGACGCGCGAUCGUACGGAAGAUAAAGCGUGGCUGUUGAGGCAAGACCGCAAGUCAGAAUUACUUGCAAUUUUUCAUUCAUCUACUCUUCUCCGAAAUUUCACGCGGUGAAACGUUUGCGACAGCCGAAUCAAAGUAUACAUCAUCGUUUAUUCUUUUAUUUCGCAUUAAUCCUAGCAUAUCCGCGCGGUUAUUUAACGUGAAAAAUAGUGUCUUAUUCGUGCACCGGAUGAGUACGUUAAUUUUAGACUUUAUUAUUAACUGGAACAAACGUGCCGCUGGCACCGCUGCUAAUUUUUUCGUUUUUUUAUACUACGCUAUAUCCAAUAUGUACGACUUCAUUUAUGUUUCUGCAUACAGAGUUAGCUGCAUCCUGCUGUGUUUCGAUGUACCUGAAACCGGUGGUAAGGGUUUUAUAAAACAUCUCGUAAUUCUCGCGUCUCGUGUAAAACGCGACGUGUAUUUCCAGCGACGUGUGUAUCAGCGUCUAUUUAGCAGGUAACCGGGAUUUGCGACGCGCUCCAUAUACGCAGAUCCGUGCAUCGAUGCCAGAAACCCCUGUAUGACAUCGCGCUAUAAAACACUCGCGCAACGUCAGUCACGUAUAGAUCAUCGUCGGGGACGAUUUUUCCGCUGUAGAUCGAAACAGUACUCUUUGCCCGUCCCCUCAACUCUCCUGCCUUUACCUCGUUUCGUUCAUAUUACACCGGGGGUGGUGUCUUCAGCCUAAUUCCCAAAAAGAAAAAAAAACUUAGACGGCUGUUGCUCCCGGGGGUGAAGAAUAGUCUGCAAAAUUCUAAGUGUGUCACAUGCCAUCUUAGUCCGUAAGCGUUCAUACUUAUUUUUCUAUACCGUAUAAAAGUAUAAUCGUUCUAUCGUGUAGCUCGUAACGCUUUGUUAGUCGUCAUAGUUUUUCGCCAUCGUGUCUGCCGCGUUUGCCUUGAUUCAUCAAUACACUUCUUCGUUUAUCCGCACUUAGAUCUUCAUACGUUGACGCAGUGACUUAGAUCGCCUAAUUUCUUCUCGUAAUUUCGUUCGGGGUCUCGAUUCUAUCGAGAGAGACCGUCAGUGUCUUUUCGGGGCCGAGAAAGAUAAUGUUUACCGUGUGUUAAUUAGUUUCUCUCCUGUUCUGUAAAAAAGUGAAAUUAUAACGCGUUGGCGGUGCGCAGAGCGUGACUUUGAUUGAUCUUUCUUUCCAAGUGAUCUUUCGCACUUUAUCGAAGGAUAUCGAACGAUGCUCGUUCCGCGCCGUCUCGAACGAGAGAACCGCAAAGAAACCCAAAAUUCAAACGAUACGUAUUAAAGUGCGACGUGAUAUUAAAUUAAUUGUCAACUGAAGAUUAAAUUAAUUGUCGACUAAGAUCGUGGUAUAGGUCUGUAAUAAUUAAUGAAUUUUAACAGUAAUUGGAAAAUAUCUAUGUAUUUAUUUGAGGGCAUUCAAAGGAAUUCUUCUAGGAAUACUCUUUUGUGACAAGGUGUUACUUUUACCUCGCGAUUUUAAAUUAUUUCUAAGAUUUUCUCCUUGGAUGUGCGUGUAAUCGACUGAGAUUACGACCAAGAUACUUGUUUCGAUAUUAAGCUAUAAGAAAAGACGAAAUUUUAUUUUUUCACGGAUCUCGGCGUCUUUAAAUUAUUUUUAAGGCUUCCGUUCGCAAAAUGCGAGCUCUUCGAGUAAAUCGAUUGAAAUUAAUAAGAUAAUAAGAUACUUGUUUCGAUAUUAAGCUCAUAAAUUCACUGGCGUGUGAUCUUGUUCUGGUUUUUUAUUGACGGUUUGCGCUCAAGUUUAUUUUUAUAAAUGACUUAGGAAAUGCCUGAUAUGUUUUUACAAAUUAUAUAAGGAAAUUGUACAUUAAAUAAUCGUACGGUAUAAAAAAACCAUCCAUAUCCUCUCUCUAUCGACCUAAGAAACAAUAUCUAUCUAAAAGUUUAAAGAUUCUCAAGAAUAUAAUUCUUUUCUAUGUGUAGCGUUCCCUAUAAUCUUAAUUAUAUCCUACGAUUAAUUGUACAUUCUCUAAUCGCGCGAAUCUGAAUAAAUUAUAAUUUAUUUUUAUUUCAAGUUCCAGUAUAUAUGGCGACUUUCCUUUCAAUGCAAUAAAAUAUUAAUUAUCGUAAGACGAUUCAUUAUAUUUACCAUUUUUCGCCGCGUACACUUUACGUUACCGUUGUUCAUACCCCUGAUUUACGCAAGAUUUAAUCUCGUAGCUUCGCGGACGGAAUAGAUAAUGCUGUAAUGUGACAUCAAGUAAAAUGUGAAGACUAAACGCUUGCGAUAAGAUUAAACGCUUGGCAAGAGCGAUAACGCGCUUCGUGUUAAACGAGAAUUUCCUGUACAUAUAUGUUUCCGCUAUUUACUUAUUUAUUCGGUUACAUCGUAGAGAGACGAAGUCAACUGUAUUUUAUAAUAUCGGUAACAGUACUAAUCGCAUCAAUUCUAGUUAUUUAUCGCUUAGUAGUGAUUAUUUGCUAUUCUCGAUAAUUAUACUUUGUGUUCCGUAAUAACAAUCUCGAUGCAAUCUAUAAGUGCCCGUAUAAGCGUUAUCAAGGCGGUCUCAUUGUGUGUAUAUCUACUAAAAAAGCUUAUUAAAUCUAUAAGAUAAUCUCGCGGGAGCUCGUCGAAAACGUCUAUUGAUCCUCAAUAAUAAAAAUAUAAUAAUACUAAAUAAUAAUAAUACUUUAAUACUAAUAAUAAUAUUAAUAAUAAUGUUAGCAAUAAUGGUUGUCUAAUUUAGCACUUUGUGUAACCUAAUGGCUGUCUAUGUAAUUUAACAUAAACUUCUAAAGGUAAUUACUUUCCGAAAACUGACACACAAUCCGCUUCGGAGGCAAUAUCGCGCGCGACUGAUCGAAUUUAUUAACGCGAACACGCCCGAUCGACGCCAAUUAAUUAAAACCGAAGUCUUGCCAAUCUUGCGCGUUCUGGAUCUCGAGGAAAGGAGGAAUUUACGAUCUAAAUACCGUUACCGACAAUAAUGGCCCGAAAGUGAUAUUCGCGUGCUGCUGCAAUUUGCAUGCGAGAUAUAUAUCUCGGAUAAGCGAUUAACACGAUGUUUCGUAAUAUUGUGUAAUAAUUCCGUCGCCCGCGUAAUCGAUAAGUCACGCCGAAAAAAAGAACAUCAUUUGCGACGACGAAAUUAUUGUGCAAUAAUAUCGAUUGACGUUCGCGUCAUUUCUAUAACAGCCUUUCUAUGUGCAAACGGCUGUUCGAUAUUAACGACUUUCCUUCCGUUCUUUCUUUUAAUAUUGUCAAUUGCACCGUGUUCCCUUCCUUUCGGGUUGUCGGUGAUACCUUAAGUUUACGUAUAAGGAACGUUUCGUCGUAUAUCAGGAUCGCAUAUUUCAGGUUUAAUUCUUUAAAUGGCUUAAAGGUAACACCUAUGAUAUUGUAAUAUCUGUCUUUUCCAUAUUUAUCUUUUAAAAAAAAAAUUGUGCCACUAUAAAGGGAUGCAUUUUCAAAUUGGUGAAGGAGACACAAGAUAGAGAGAGAUAUUUAUAUGUCUCUGCGCGCGUACGUUUCUAUAUGAAAAUAAUUACGAGCGUGCCGGAUUGAAUAUAUUGGGACGAGGGUAUUUCGUGUUGCUUUCCCCGUAAAUUCUCGUCUUCGCGAUAUCCCGCAAUCUCAUAGGCUAUCAUUAAAGUCAUUCAUCGCGGAAUUGAAACUGCUACUGGUAUCGUCACUCUAUUAUUAUUAACGGCGCAACGCGCCGUUACUGCUGAUAUUAUCGGUAUUAUACUCUCGCUGCUGUGUUACUACUGUGUCACCAUUACUAUUUAUUGCUACCGUUACUAUUACUAUCGCUAUUGCUACUAUUACUAUUAUUAUCGUUAUAGUUAUCGCUGCUAAACUGUUGCCGCUGCUCCUAUUAUUACCCGUUACUAAUCACUACUUAUCACCGCUAUACUUACGCCGCCGCAAUCCGCGUGCGCGCAUUUUCGUUUUCCAAUAUGCAAACACUAUUUUCACGUUUCUACUAUAACUUGGAAUGGCGCUAUUCGAGCUCUCGUAAAUUGUUAAGUACAAAAGUCAGUCUAGUUUAGGAUAAACAAAUUAACGAGAGUUUCUUCAUUAUUCUCACGGGUCGGAACAACGCUUUGUCUACCUCCGAAGCGCUGUAAUAAAGCCGCGACACACUUCGCUUAUUUUCUUACGGGACGCGGGAUCAGCUAUUCCGAAGCGGCGUGUUUUACGCAUCGCGGGUCGAGUCGCGCACGCUCGGCAGUUACAUUACCACUAUAUUCUUAUUUGCCGACGUGUAUCCAGUUUUGUACCCGAUUCGCAAGACCAAUCUUAAGUUUGUCGAGCACAAAUCGUAUAUAUAUAUAAGACGUCGGGAAGACGGGUCUAUAUUACUUUUUACAGAGGGCAAACAAGUUAUUUAGGGUAAUGCGAAACUGUUGGAGUUCCGUAGGCACUCAAAACGGAUCAACCCUCCGUAAAUCCGAGUAUUGAACGUGAACGCUACUUUUAUGACGUAAAAACCAGCUGAAACGACGGUACGACGUUGCCGCAAGCGUCUAAACCGGGGACGUAAAUUCAACAAUAUUCACGAGCUCAUCGUCCGUAAUGUAAGAACGCGGGGGAGCUCAUCAUCCUCUCCGCGUGGAAAAUUGCCUGGAUUACCCAGACGGUCAAUUUCGGUUUCGCGAGACCGAGAGGAAUCUCCGCAACGUCCGCCGGCAUCGCGCAAGCGACGCGACCGCGUCUUGAAGGACUUUACUUGGACUUUCGCUCGUUCUUCUGGAUCAUUCCACGUUAUCUUCCCUCGUGCGUUAGCUUCGUUUUAUCUUGGAAAGUCAGUAGUAUUUGUCAAGUGCCACCUGUCUAAGAGGCGAUGUUUUCCGGGCGCAUUUUGCACGCCAGUUUAGUGAAUAAAUUUCGCAAAAUUGUGGGGAGGGGGGGAAGGGGGGGAUGAGAGAUCGUAAGAGGAAUAGAAUGAGGAAAUCGAAGAGAGAUGUGUCCGAGAUCGAGGCUGGCCGUGCUCAUGCCGAUUCUGUUACGCGAUCGCAAACGAGAAGUCGCGGAUACCACAACCUAGUCAUCGACUUUCGCGAGCGUGUCGUUCGCAGCUUUUCGCAGGGCUUUCACCUAGCGAUAGCUUCUCUCUUUCUCUUUCUCUCUCUCUCGUCGCUGGUCUGUACAAAUUUCGCCCAGCGAUUCUCUCUGUGUUCUUGCGACCUCGAGACGAGAGUUUCGAAAGAGAUAUCAAGUGUCUAUCGCGAAGGAGAAAAAAAAGAAACGCGGUGAUAUCGCCAGUCGCGUCCCGGUACGGUCAUCUCUGGCGUAGGAGAACAGGAGGAGGUCUCUUCUUUCCGAUCGUCUUGUUAUUCCUAGCCGUUAAUUAACUUUUAAUCGAAAGCGAAAAAAAAUUCAUUCGGUAUGUUGUUGACGUAAAUGGUAUUGGACGUCGAAUUUCCUCAAAGAAAUUGGGUGAAGAAUACAUUUUAGCAACAAUAUGAUGAAUUUUUAACCAAUUGAAUAAGAUCUUAUAAGUUAAUGUUGGUUAAGGAUCAGUUGAAUGUGACGAUAAGUUGAAUCCGCGACAGUCUUUGAUUCCUAGUGAUUAGAUAUGAAGCUAUCUCGGGUCUUGUAGUCCCACACUUCUUUGUGAUUCGCACGAUGGUGACGGAAUCGAUUAAGCAAGCACUGUCUAUAACGGCUACAAUAAAUGUGCAAUAUAUACAUGUAACAGGCAUGGAUUUAUAGUGGUAUUUCUGUAUUCUGUACCUUUAGGAUUUAUCUACGAUUAGAUUUUAGCUUUGCUACGUUAAUUCAUGCGUUUUUGGCAGUAUUGUUCGACGGAAUCUCUGCCGAAGUAAGAAGACAAAGAUAUCCGAGUUUUCGUAACGUUAUAUUUUGAAAAUUUGGAAAGCCCAAAUGUGACCAACAAUCUUCUGUUUUUCUUUUUAAAACGGGAGCAGAAUCCGCGGAUAAGAGAGUCUGAUUAUCGAGUGGGUGGGAACGCGCGAUAGAAAUUUCUUUCUCCGUAAGGAUAUGAUUUCGGCGUAUGAUUAUGGACGUACCACUGUACUUAUUCAUCGCGAAAUACGUACUGUCCAAUGCCAACCGACAGCCAACCGGGAUUGUAAAUCGUAUCGCGUUCUUACGAUCUGUGACCUGAAAGGAUCUGUCGACUUCUUAAUUCGCUCGAUAUUAAUCAUUACGCUUCGAUUAAACCGAGUCCUCGUUCAAGAGAACGAAGGGAAAGUCGCGAAUGCGCUAACGACCGAAUUAAAUGGCCGAUGACUUCGUAAGAUCGAUCGCGAGCGCGCACUUACGAGGGAUCAAUAAAGUAACUUUGUCGAUAUCAAUUCGCACAUAUUUUUCGAUCGUAUUCUAAUCUCUAGACGGAAGUUCGAAAAACGAAAAAUAUCGCUCUACCUAGUUGGUUCUUCUUUUAAAGAAAACGAGGAAAAAAGGAGAAAAAAAGACACAUUCUUCUAAAAAAAAAAAGACGCGACGCAACUGUCGCGUAACUUUGAACACUGCGUGAGAAAACGUGAGAAACUGGAAAGUGCUUUGUGAUAACGUACAGUCGAUCUUGACUAUACUUACUGAUUAAGUUGCCGUAAAUCUCAAUUCGUCUCACGAACGUUAUCGACGAUCGACUCAAUUUCGACGUGUUAAAUGUAGGGAUUAUAGCGAACUAUACAAGUGUUCUCGUUCGUUUGGAUCGACGUCAAAAUGACCACGAAUUAUUGAAGUUACGACUUGAGGGACGUUCGAUUUCCGGUAUCGAGCGAUUCUCUCCGAUACCUGGGAGGGCAACGGUCGCCAGGAACAUUUCUCUCUCUCGCGAGAUGAACAUCAUAUACGCGCGUCGGGCAAAAUCCGUGCGACACGAUUGUUACAAUGGUAUUAUAAUGGUAUUAUACAAAAUCGUAUAAUAAUGGCAUUUGGUGGGACUAGCUCUCUCGAAUCUUUCUUUUCUGUAUUUUUACUGUCCCUUCGACAGUCGAUAGGAUAAAAUCAGAUCGAACGAUUGAAAACCAAGAUGUUCUUUAAAAAAAAAAAUCUACGUACUAGUCAAUUUCUUGAAUAUAAUUAAAUACGCGUUUAGUCGGACAGAAAUUAUCACUGGUCAAUAAUUUUUUUGUAUUUUUUUUUAUUUUGUACAUACAAAAUUUUAAUACGUGUAUUAAAUAUCGCUAAAGACUACACGGGGAAGAUAAAAUAGUAAAUUUAUGAAAGUGUGAAUACUAAUCAAAUUGAUAAUAAUUAAACAAAUAUUACAGCUCUUUUAAAACAGCGCUACAAAUAUUUUAUCUUGGAUGGGAUGGACUAUUUGGUUUAGAAUAAGAAAAACCGCGACAUCUUAAAAAAAAAAAAAAAAAACGCGAUGCCAUGAACCAUGAACCAUUAUUGCAUCAGGGCGUAAGUCAGAUUGCCGAACUUCCCGAUGUUGUUUACCGCGAUCGAAAUUUUACACGGGGGCCUUUUAAAAUACGGGCGUUCUUAUCCUUGCGUGGAUUCCGAGCGUCUGUACGUGACAUCGUGAACGGAAGAGUUAUUACAGCGAAAAAUUAGUUCUCCCGCUCGAAGUGAACCACGAGAGCUGCUUUUGACUCGAAUUCACGGCGCGCCUCGCACGUUUCCCCGUGAAUGACGGUGAAAGCUCCCUCGCUCUCGACGAACACGUCGCCCUGAAUUUCCCCGGUCGACUGAGCCCCCCCUCGAGUGUACAGGGUCAACAAAGGUUAACCGUAGACUAGUCGCGGAAAAUAACGCGACCGAGUCAAACGCGCCACAAAAGCAGCACGAACAAACGGAGCUGCGAUUGCAAUUUGAGGAAGGCAGAGGUCGAGUUUCGCGCUCGGGACACAAAUGCGAUGGAGAUGAGACUCGCAAUUUUUUUUCCCUCGCGUCAUGUUAGUACGAAACUUUUUCUCGCAAGCGGUGCAGAUCCGAAACGGUCAAUGAACAGCGUGAAUUAAUUUAAUUCCGAACUCCGGCAAUCGUUAAAUCGCAUCGCGAGGGCUUUACGGCGAACGAUAAUGGACGGAGAGCACUCGAUUGUAAGGGCACGUAGCACGUAGGAAAAAUACGACAGAAAAAAGAGAGAAAACCCAGAAAAAAAA